UCAAUAUUAUCCUCAGUCAUUUUCCAUCAAAAAAUGUCAGACCCAGGUAGCUUGUCAUGGUUGAUAGAUAACACUUUUUAAAGAAUUCAAAAUUACAAUGCAUGUAUUUUAUAAUUUGGUCAGUUAUCCAUGGAUGUGUCGGUUCAGAAUUUAGUUUUUGACAUGCCUAAGUUUACUAAUCUUGCCGAUGUUGCAGGAAUGUACCAAUAAGUGCUGUGACGCGGCCACCUGUAAGUUGACCUGGGGAUCGGCCUGCGCUCAGGGAGCCUGCUGCAAGGACUGCAAGAUCAGCGUGUCAGGGACACCGUGCAGGGGAUCUGUCAACUCAUGCGACCUCCCAGAAUACUGCAACGGCUCCACCUCCUACUGUCCAUCUGACUUCUAUAUCAUGGAUGGGCUUCUCUGUGAGAACAACGCGGCGUACUGUUAUGAGGGCCGCUGCCAGACCUACGACUACCAAUGCAAACAUCUUUUUGAAACAGGUGCAAGCAAAGCAGCAGACAUCUGCUUUCAGACGGCUAAUCUAAAGGGGGAUGCGUUUGGGAACUGUGGCAUGACGUCGUCAGGGACCUAUGUGAAAUGUAGUUUGGCUAAUGCCAUGUGUGGGAAGGUACAGUGCACUAACGUAAACACCAACAACCCUCCUCCUGGAGGCUCGGUCAGUAACCAGAUCAUCGAUGGUUCUUCGUGUGUCAACGCAGACUUUAACCUGGGCUCUGAUGUUCUGGACCCUGCCUAUGUCAACCAGGGCAGCCCCUGCACCAAGGGGAAGGCCUGCCUUGACUUCCAGUGUGUGAAUGCCUCAGCUCUACUGCCUGUUGACCUCCACUGUGAUGCCAACAACACAUGUAACAGCCGGGGGGUGUGUAACAACCAGGGCCACUGCCACUGUAAUGACGGCUGGGGACCUCCUAACUGUGCCAAGUCAGGGAGAGGGGGCAGUGUGGACAGCGGGCCUGCACAGAUAGAUUAUUCCCUGAGGGACGGCCUGCUGAUCUUCUUCCUGCUGGUGGUUCCCAUCCUGGUGCUGCUGGUGUUAGUACUGCUCUAUGUGUUCAGAAGGGAUACCCUGGAAAGAUGCCUCAAAGGACCACGCUCCAGACGCUCUAGGUCAGGAAACACAGCGAAUGGCAAUGCCCCGAAACAACCAACUACACAACCUCCAACAACACAGGCCCCACCCCCUCAGCCAAUGCCUACAUAUCCACCAUCCUCUACCUCAGGACCCAGGUAUGGAGAAAACAACAAUUGGAACCAACCUCCUGCCUCCCAGCCACCUCUCCCCCAGCAAGGCCCAGGUGUUCCCAAACCCAUCCCUCCCAAGCAUUAACCCUGACAGACACACCCCUUCGAACAUAAUGUGGGGCUCUUCCCUCAUUCGUUAUUGUAAAUUUCAUAUUUGUAUUUUACUCAUAUUUGUAUGAUUGUUUGUGGAUAUCUAAAAAAUAAUAAUAAUUUAAAAAACAUUUUAUUGCAGGAACAUGAUUUGGUGACAGGGACUUUUUAAGAUAUUGCUUUUUACAUUAUUACUACGGAAAUGAAGGUAACGCAUUUUGUAAUAAAAAUAUACAUAUUGUUGAUAUUGUUCAGUUCCAGAAAGGCUCAAUUUAUUUUAUGAGCGGUUUACAAGAUCUUUUUUAAUAUUUAAAUGUUACUCAUAAUAAAAAAUGUAUAUAAUA